AUGCUUUCCUCGGAGCAGCAUGUAUUGAUAGUGGGUGCCGGUACUUUUGGUCUUUCAACGGGUGUGGAAUUACUUAGAAAAGGUCACAGGAAUGUCACGAUUCUCGAUCCCUAUCCUGUUCCUUCGCCUCUUAGUGCUGGAAAUGAUGUUAACAAAAUAAUCCAGACUACUGUGGAGGACAAGUUCUAUUCUGAGCUAGCUACUGAGUCUUUUGAAAAAUGGACCACGGACCCUCUAUAUAAACCGGCGUUUCAUGAAACCGGGAUCAUCUAUGGGGCCACAAGCAAAGAUGCUGUUGCCGAAAUACAACGUCGUAAAGAAAUAUUGAAGAAGUCAGGCGAAGAAAUCACUGAUUUGAAUUCUCCAGAAGAUUUCGGACACUUGAUUCGCGUGGAAAAGGAGCCGAAUGCCCAAAGGUUUCAAAAUUGGAAAGGAUACCAUCAGAAACAUCGUUGUGGAUGGGCCUUUGCUGCGUUAGCAUUGCGGCUUGUUGGUGCCGAAUGUGUGAAACUUGGAGCGAAAAUCAUCAUGGAUUCAGUCGAGGAGUUGCUAAUGGAUGAUACUGGAACUUGUGUUGGGGUAAGAACCUUCUCUGGCAAAUCAAUUUAUGCAGAUAAAGUAGUUCUUUGUGCUGGAGCUAAUUCUAUCAGGAUUUUGGAUUUCAAAGGCCAAUUAGUUGCCAAAUGCUGGACAGUUGGUCACAUAAAACUCACAGAUGAAGAGUCCAGGGUACUUAAUAACUCUCCCGUGGUAUUAAAUAUAUCCGAAGGUUUUUUCUUUGAGCCAGAUCAAAAUAAUGAAUUGAAGUUCUGCAACGAAUUUCCCGGUUACAUCAACAUGGUUGAGGACGUGAAACAUUCUGAAGGAGCUAUUUCAGUGCCAGUUUACAAAGACAUGAUCCCAAAGGAAGCUGAACUUCAAAUGAGAAGUUUCUUGAAUCAAGUCUUCCCACAAUUGGCCAACAGAAAUUUCGUGCGGGCCAAGAUCUGUUGGUGCACCGACACUUCGGAUCGUCAUUUCUUAUUUGGUGAGCAUCCAGCCUACAAAAAUUUGAUUUUAGGAACUGGGGACUCUGGAAAAGGGUUUAAAUACAUGCCAAUCUCUGGCGAAUAUAUCUCCACUAUUGUAUUGGAAGGAUCACAAGCUUUAUCAAGUGAAAAAAGAGAGGCAUGGCGUUGGAGACCCGAGUCGGCAGUUCCGCGAGAUGUUCGUGCUACCCAAGGGAGAUAUGGAGGAACUAAUGUGGUUAAAGAUCUUAAAGAUAUUACAGAAUGGACAAAUGGUAAGGUGAACAAAUUGUGA